AAAGCUAUGAGAGUAUAGUUAAGCCAAACGAUGAUAAACGCGAUUAUAAGGCAAUCGUAUUAACAAAUGGUCUGAAAGUAUUGCUUAUUAGCGAUAGAGAGACCGAUAAGAGUGCGGCCGCUCUCACGACAGGCGUCGGCUCUAUGAGUGAUCCCCGGGAUGUCCAGGGAUUGGCUCACUUUGCAGAGCAUAUGCUCUUCUUGGGCACCAAGAAAUACCCCGAUGACGACGAUUACAACAAAUAUAUCACUAGUAAUGGCGGCUCUGCUAACGCUUAUACAGCGGAAUCAAACACCACGUAUUACUUUGAUAUCUCUACUGAUUAUAUCUCGGGAGCUCUCGAUAGAUUCUCGCAGUUCUUCGUUGAGCCGCUCUUCACAGAGAGUGCGACCGAUCGGGAGAUAAAUGCCGUCCAAUCGGAGUACGAGAGAGAUCUACCAUUAGAUGUGUGGCGUAACUAU